AUGCUGAGAUUUGGGCAGCACCUCAUCAAGCCCUCUGUGGUCUUCCUGAAGACUGAGCUCUCCUUUGCUCUCGUGAACCGCAAGCCGGUGGUCCCAGGCCAUGUCCUUGUCUGUCCCCUGCGGCCGGUGGAGCGUUUCCGUGACCUGUGUCCCGAGGAAGUGGCUGAUUUAUUUCAUACAGCACAAAGGGUUGCCAAUGUGGUGGAGAAACACUUCUGUGGCACCUCGCUCACCAUUUCCAUUCAGGAUGGCCCCGAAGCUGGACAAACGGUGAAGCAUGUUCAUGUCCAUGUGCUUCCAAGGAGGGCUGGAGACUUCAGCAGAUGAUGUCUAUGUCAUGAGGAAGUGUGGAAAGAAUUGCAACGACAUGACAAAGAGGAUUCCCCUGACAAGUGGAGGACAGAAGAAGAAAUGGCAGCUGAAGCAGCAAUUCUGAAGAAGUAUUUUCAGGAAAAUUAG